UUAAUUAAGUGUAAUUCAAUUAAGAUACUACAUAAUUAGUGCAAAUCUAAUCCUAAUUAAAAGUGUGAUGUGCUGGAACUAUUUUAGUGUGUAUGUGUGCAUCUCCCCUCUAUCUUCUGAGCCCCUAUUUUUACUGGUGUUCUCCUCCCUCUACUCCUAUUUACUACCAUUAUGGAAUCUCCAGAUGCUCAUGCUGCGAUUGAGCUUGAGGAGGGGUCUGAUGAGAGUGUUGAUAACUCUAAUUUGUGUUUGGUUGGCAAGAUUUUGACUCAGAAGGUCUUGCAUAAACCUAUUGUCUCACGUAUUAUCCAAAAUGCUUGGAAGAUUUGAAAGGCAGUGGUCAUUUCACCCUGGGCAGAUAAUGUGUAUCUAUUUCGUUUCGAAAAUGCUAAGGACAGACAGAAGGUUCUCCGGGAAGCACCUUGGUCGAUAAUGGGUAAUCUUUUGGUUUUACAAGCUUUGAUAACGGGAAGUUCAGUUUCAGAGAUGGAGUUUUCCCAUUGCCCCUUUUGGGUCCAAGUUCAUGGAUUACCAUUGGAUAGGAUGACCAGGCGCAAUGGCCAAAUCAUUACGAGCAACAUUGGGAGUCCGAUAGGGGUUGAAGGCCCGCAUGAUGGGCUUCUUCUGUACCGUAGUUUCUUGAGGAUUAGGGUAGAUAUUGAAGUCACAAAGCCCCAUCCAAUAGGUUUUCACUUGAAGAGAAAGGACCCAAUUACCUCGGACGUUUCAGAGAAAUGGGUGGAUUACAAGUAUGAAAGAUUAUCUGAUUUCUGCUAUGAUUGUGGAAGGAUUGGGCAUGACAACCAAUCCUGUAAGUUUGUGUCUCCUGAGGCAAGACGACACUCGGGCUAUGGUCCAAAUCUCAGAACUGGGGUGGCCUCUACGCUAAGGCUACCACCGGAAUACUAUCACCGACUGACUGAUGAGAUGGAAGCAAACUUGAGGUCGUUACUCCGGCGGACUCCAGCUUCGGUAACCGUGGCUGAAAACCCAACUUCGGUGGGUGUGGAGGGGACGAGUGGCAUCCUCCACUCUUUCGACGAUCGGGGCCAGAGCAGGCCGUUGUGUACCACCCUGGGGUACGUGGCCUUGAUGACUUGGGGAAGAAGCUUAAUUCAAAUUCUUCUAGAAAGGCCACCCCUCAGCCUAGGAAAAAUGUGUCACCAACUGAUGAGGCUAGUCCUAACUUAUUUCCUUUAAUUAUACCAAGGAUUAUUAGCCCAGAUAGCUCUGGUCCUCAGUUUGGUGGACCAGCCUACUUUGUUACUGAACCAACAGAGAGCCCAUCAACUAUUCCUAGCCCACCCUCUGGUUUUUCUCAGUGCCUUUCUCCCCUUUAUGAAUCUAGCCCAGCUCGCAGCCCUUUCCUUGCCCAAAAAAUUUAUCCCUCUGUGCCAAUGUCCCCACCACCCUUCUCUCCCAUGUUUUCAAUGGGCUAUCACUUAAACGAAAAAAGCUCCAGAGGAUGUCCACCAGGCCCAGUUUCCAUCCAAACUUCUUAAACUUACCUCUGAGACUCCAGUUGACUUUUUCCACUCUACUGCAAACCAGAAAACCCUCGCAAUUCACCCACAUAAAGUGUAG